CCUUCUAGGCUGGAAGCAGAGAACCUGUUGCGUUCUUAGUUCUUGGGGCAAAGGUUUUCCUGCUGCUCGGUCCAUUUUGUCCAGGAGGGAGGGGGGAGCAAACGAUUGGAGAAAGCGAUCCUCCUCCUCCUCUUUGCUUCAUUAAAUUCUCAUCCACAGAGCUGACAGUGCUUGGCACGGCCGCACCGUGCUGCUGUGCGGGGCAAAGGAGUUGCACCGCUCCUGGGGAUCUCCUCCUGUCCGUGUGUGCAGCAGUGGGGUGGCACAGUGAGCACCUGCACAGCUGUGCUGCUGCGCUGCCGCCGACGCAGACUGCAUCCCGGCAGUAAGUGCUGCUGGUUGAGAUGUGCGUGUGCUGAGUGCUCCAGGUGUGUGGGGGGGGCAGCGCUGGGCUCUGUGUGAGCUGGGAGCGCGGCAGAGGAGUCCAGGUGUGGGAGGUGACAGCUGGGCCGCGUCACUUUGUGUCACCCCGCGUCACCCCAUGUCACCUCACACUGCCCAGGGCGCCCCGUGGCGCAGAACCCUGCGCGCCUCCUCCUGUCCUUCCCUGAGUGCCGCUUUUUGUCCCUAUUUCCAAGGGCGUUGCAGGGGCGAUUGGAUCGCUGUCUGUUCCUUCUUCCUGUUGCCAGCCUGUUUGGAUUCUUGCCUGCAGGCCGGUGGCGUUUGUGUACAUCUCUGCUUUGUGGAGAACUGGCAGGGAGGAAUGGGCUCCCAUACUGCGUGUGGCAGUGCGCUCUGCUGUGCUGUAUGGGCUGCAGGGUGGGUGUGCUCAGAAGGCUUCAGCUGUCAGUCUGGGGAAGGCUGGAAAUCAUGUGAGAACAGGAGGAGCAGAGGGAGAGUGCGUCUCGUGCCCGUGUGUAGGAAAUAAGAGCAUGAGGUGUUUGCUAAGUCAUCUUCUCGAGGCUGCACUUCCUGUGCUGGGACAGAGGGAGGAGGGAGGGGGGCUUUUCUCUAAUUCACAGCUGAGGAAGCCAAGGUAAAGGGCAGCCGCUCAGCAUUCCUGAGUGCGCGGCUAUGGGCAGAGGUGAACAGCUGUGUCCUUGCUCGGGGAGGUCACACGUAUGUGCAUUCAGCUCAGCCGCUCGCAUGGCAGUCAGUGCUGCUCCAGGACACGCUCCUUUCCCGGUGCUUUUGACGCACAGUUUGUGUCUUGCUGACCAGACCCCGUGCUCACAGGUAAAUCACAGCCAACCCACCAACUUAGGAGCCCUGAGCUGCAAACCGAGUUGCAAACCUGCAAACUCAGCUGUUGCUGCUGCUUCCUGUGUCCUCUUUCCCCAGAGUUGUCGCUUUGUCCCUUUCCUUCCUCCCCCUUAAACUCACAUGCCUCUCAGGCAGCUCUCUCUUACUGUCUCUCUGUUAUUGCAGGUCUUCUUGAGCUAAAAGGAUGAAAAUUGGCUAUUGGAAGGCCACUGUCACUCUGCUGAGCUUCAUCCCAACUUCUGCGUCCCAGCUGAUGUCUCUGGGUGCACAAGGCUAGCGGGAUGGUCGGCCACCGGCGCUGCCAUGUCGUCCCUGACGACCUCCAGUGAGGGAGAGAACCCCACUCCCCGGUUUGUGGUCGGUUCCCGGGAUGAUGAGACAGACUUCCUGGGAUCAAACACGAAGAUGGAUGAAACGGACUUCUUUGAAGAUGAUGAAGAGGAGGAGUCGCCGCCCGAACGGCAGAUUGUCGUUGGAAUCUGUGCCAUGACCAAAAAGUCCAAAUCAAAGCCCAUGACGCAGAUUCUGGAGCGUCUGUGCAAGUUUGAGUACAUCACAGUGGUGAUUAUGGGGGAGGACAUUAUUCUGAACGAACCGGUGGAGAAUUGGCCUCCUUGUGACUGCCUCAUCUCCUUCCACUCCAAAGGAUUCCCGCUGGAUAAAGCAGUUGCCUAUGCCAAGCUGUGCAAGCCGUUCUUGAUUAAUGACCUUGAUAUGCAAUAUUAUAUCCAGGACAGGCGUGAAGUGUAUCGGAUCCUUCAAGAAGAGGGAAUAGACCUGCCCCGCUAUGCUGUGCUCAAUCGAGACCCUGAUAGACCAGAAGAGUGCAACUUGGUGGAAGGAGAGGACCACGUGGAAGUAAACGGAGCUGUUUUCCCAAAGCCGUUCGUAGAGAAGCCCGUCAGUGCUGAGGACCAUAAUGUGUACAUUUACUACCCAACCUCAGCAGGUGGGGGCAGCCAGCGGCUCUUUCGGAAGAUCGGCAGCCGGAGCAGCGUGUACUCCCCAGAGAGCAGCGUGAGGAAGACGGGCUCGUACAUUUAUGAGGAGUUCAUGCCUACGGAUGGCACUGAUGUAAAGGUGUACACCGUGGGGCCCGACUACGCCCAUGCAGAGGCUCGCAAAUCCCCCGCGUUAGAUGGGAAGGUGGAACGGGACAGCGAAGGGAAGGAAAUCCGUUAUCCUGUCAUGCUUACUGCCAUGGAGAAGCUGGUCGCUCGCAAAGUCUGCGUCGCCUUUAAGCAAACUGUGUGUGGGUUUGACCUCCUGCGGGCAAAUGGCCACUCUUUUGUUUGUGAUGUGAACGGCUUCAGCUUUGUGAAGAACUCUAUGAAGUAUUACGACGACUGUGCCAAAAUCCUCGGAAACAUAAUCAUGCGGGAAUUGGCUCCUCAGUUUCAUAUUCCCUGGUCCAUCCCAACAGAGGCAGAAGAUAUUCCUAUCGUCCCCACGACUUCUGGCACCAUGAUGGAGCUUCGCUGCGUUAUUGCAGUCAUCCGGCAUGGAGAUCGUACCCCAAAGCAGAAGAUGAAGAUGGAAGUUAAGCAUCCCCGGUUCUUUGAAUUAUUUGAGAAAUAUGAUGGCUACAAGACAGGGAAGUUGAAGCUGAAGAAGCCAGAGCAGCUACAGGAAGUGCUGGACAUCGCACGGCAGCUUGUGGUGGAACUGGGAACCCACAGUGACUGCGAGAUCGAGGAGCGGAAAUCCAAACUGGAACAGCUGAAGAGUGUUUUGGAGAUGUAUGGACAUUUUUCUGGCAUUAACCGUAAGGUGCAGUUGACAUAUCUGCCUCAUGGACAUCCAAAAGCUGCAAGUGAAGAUGAAGAAGCUCGCAGAGAGCCUUCCCCAUCUCUUCUCCUGGUGCUGAAGUGGGGUGGAGAGCUGACACCAGCAGGAAGAGUCCAGGCAGAAGAGCUGGGGCGAGCCUUUCGCUGCAUGUACCCUGGUGGCCAAGGUGACUAUGCUGGUUUCCCUGGAUGCGGCCUGCUCAGACUGCACAGCACAUACCGCCAUGAUCUCAAGAUCUACGCCUCAGAUGAGGGACGAGUUCAGAUGACAGCAGCGGCUUUUGCAAAGGGUCUGCUGGCCCUGGAAGGAGAGCUGACCCCCAUCCUGGUGCAGAUGGUGAAAAGUGCCAAUAUGAACGGUCUCCUGGACAGUGACAGUGAUUCUCUAAGCAGCUGUCAACACAGAGUGAAAGCACGACUGCAUGAAAUCAUGCAGAAGGAUGCUGAGUUCUGUGAAGAGGAUUAUGAAAAGCUAGCACCUACAGGUAGUGCUUCUCUGCUCAACUCCAUGACCUUCAUCCAGAACCCUGUGGAGAUCUGUAACCAGGUGUUCACCCUGAUUGAGAACCUCACCUCCCAGAUACGAAAACGAUUGGAAGACCCAAAAUCUGCGGACCUGCAGCUCUACCACAGUGAGACUUUAGAACUGAUGCUGCAACGCUGGAGUAAGCUGGAGAGAGAUUUUCGCAUGAAAAACGGGCGUUAUGACAUCAGCAAGAUCCCUGAUAUUUACGACUGCAUCAAGUAUGAUGUGCAGCACAACUGUGCUCUGAAGCUGGAAGGCACAGCCGAGCUCUUCCGACUCUCCAAAGCCCUGGCAGAUGUGAUCAUACCACAGGAAUAUGGAAUUAAUAAGGAGGAGAAACUGGAGAUUGCUAUUGGCUUUUGUCUUCCUCUGAUUAAAAAAAUCCAGUUGGACCUACAGAGAACCCAUGAAGAUGAGUCUGUCAACAAACUACAUCCCCUGUACUCGAGAGGAGUGUUGUCACCGGGCCGCCACGUUCGGACACGGCUCUACUUCACCAGUGAGAGCCACGUGCACUCUCUGCUCAGCAUCUUCCGCUAUGGGGGGCUCCUGGAUGAGAACAAAGACCAGCAGUGGAAGAGAGCCAUGGACUAUUUGAGUGCUAUCUCAGAGCUGAACUACAUGACCCAGAUUGUUAUCAUGCUCUACGAGGACAACAACAAGGACCCGUCCUCAGAAGAGCGCUUCCACGUGGAGCUGCAUUUCAGCCCUGGUGUGAAGGGUUGUGAGGAGGACAGAAACGUUCCCACGGGGUUUGGCUUUCGGCCUGCCUCAGCAGAGGUGAGAGCGCUGCGCUGGGCGCGGGGCAGAGGGCUG